AGAGCCGGUUAUCUUCUAUACCGGCUCCGGGCGAAGGGGCGGCGCCCGCGAGAUGUCGGUACGGCAGAUCUAGCGGCUGGAAAGCUCGCGAGCACGCGUGUCUGAUAAACGAUCUGCCGCUAUCGCCGAGACCGAAAUCGAGAGACCAGCCCCAAAAAGCUCGUGCAAGCGCCGCGUCAGCCGGCCACACCAAUUCCUCGCCCGACGCUCUCGUCUUGUUCUCGCGCCGCUCUCGAGUGGUGGUGUCGUGCGUGCGUGCGUGUCUGUCUCCGCGGUCUCUCCAUCCACAUCCGACACCGCAACACCGACCGAUAUUGAUUUUUUCACACCGAUACCCGUUUUUACGUGGAAAUUACCCGACCGUCGUGUAAGAAAAUCCCGGAAACUGGAAACGAGAAGGGCGCGUGAAAAGUCCAAACGGAACUGCGGCCGGAAAGUCGCUGUAACGGGUUUCAGGUGUGGCCGUCACGAUGGUGAGAGAAACGACCAGCUGAGAACCGGAUGAUCGUGGCAAACUCGAAGGCGAAAGUGCGCGUAAAGGAGACGAAGAACGAACGAGCGAAUCGCCCGAAAUCGAAAUAAAUGGUCGGCCUGAAUCUCGCCAUGGCCAGUCUCCCGCAACAACAACAACAACAACAACAACGACCCACCUGCUGCUCCGUCGCGGACUUUUACGCGGGCAAGACGGUCUUCAUCACCGGCGGCACCGGAUUCAUGGGCAAAGUGCUGCUGGAGAAGCUGCUCAGGAGCUGUCCCGGCCUCACCAGGAUCUAUCUGCUCAUCAGGCCGAAGAAGGGGCAGGAGGCGCAGGAACGACUGCAGCAGCUGCUCUCCUCGCCGCUGUUCGACCCGCUGAGGAAGGAGCGGCCGAACGACCUGCAGAAGGUGCACGCGAUCCAGGGCGACAUCACACAGAAGGAGCUGGCGAUCAGUUCGCACGACAGGGAAGUGCUGGCUCGGUCCGUCAACGUCGUGUUCCACAGCGCGGCCACCGUCAAAUUCGACGAGAAGCUGAAGCUGUCCGUCACCAUCAACAUGCUGGGCACGCAGCGACUGGUGGAGCUGUGCAAGAAGAUGACGCAUCUGGAGGCGUUGGUGCACGUGUCGACGGCGUACUGUAACUGUGACCGGACAGAGGUGAAGGAGACGAUCUAUCCGCCGUCGAUAGGCCCCGAUCAAGUCACGAACCUCGUCGACACGCUGGACGAGAACCUGGUCGAUUCGCUGACGGGGAAGCUGGUCGGCGACAGACCGAACACGUACACCUUCACCAAAGCGCUGGCCGAGUGUUGGCUGAAAGAGAACAAGGGCGACUUGCCGCUGGUCAUCGUGCGGCCCAGCAUAGUGCUGAGCAGCAUGUACGGCCCUCUCAAGGGUUGGGUGGACAACUGGAACGGCCCGACGGGCAUCAUCGCCGCCGCAGGAAAGGGUCUCUUCCGCACGAUGUUGUGCCAUUCGGAGAAGGUGGCCGACCUGGUGCCGGUGGACUGCGUCAUCAACCUGAUGAUUGCGGCGGCGUGGCGCUCGGGGUCGCAACAGUCGCGCGACCUCGUCGUCUACAACUGCUGCACGGGCAUGCGCCGUCCCAUCACGUGGAGCCAGUUCAUCGGUUUGUGCUUCAAGUACAUGCGCCGACAUCCGUUCAGCGAAGUCACCUGGUACCCCGACGGUACCGUCACCAGUUCGAGACUGUGGAACGAAACCAACAGGUGGCUGCUGCACUGGCUGCCCGCCUACGUCAUGGACGGCCUCACGUGGCUCGUCGGCGGAAAACCGAUAAUGUUGAGGAUACAGGACAAACUGACGAAGGCGGCGACGUGUCUGGAGUACUUCACGACGAAAGAAUGGAAAUUCGACGACGAGAACGUCAGGAAUCUAAGUCAAACGCUGAGCGAGACGGACAGGAAAGAAUUCUCCUUCGACGUGGCCAAAAUCGAUUGGGAGAACUACAUUGAAAACUACGUCCUCGGAAUCAGAAGGUUCAUCUUCAAGGAGGAGACCGACUCGUUACCGAAGGCGCGCAAACAAAUCUCCCGACUGUACUGGUGCUACCGGAUCCUGCAGCUGACCAGUGUGUUGUGCAUGUGGCACUUUCUGACGUUGCGCUGCGCCCCGCUGCGGAAGCUGUGGUCGGGCGCGCUGCGUCUUCUCGUCCACAUCGCCAAUCGGCUGACGCCCCUCAUUUAAUUUCUCCUUUUGUUGUUGUUGUUGUUGUUGUUAGACAGAGAGACCCGCGCUCGGAUCGUACGGAACAUACUGCCAUUCGUUGUGUUGCCGUUGCCGCCCCCGCGCCGCCUUUUCCCGCCUCCGUCUUCCAACGAGUCGUCGUUUCUUUAUUGAUCGUGAAAUUGUUGCAUAGCGCACAAAUUUUAUCUGAAACUCAAAAUUCUUCCCUAAACGUAAACGUAAGUAAGCACAAAAACACAGCUUCGCCGCUUCGGUUUUUUAGUGAGAGGGGGCGCCGGCACACCAACAAUUCGGGGAUCCAUGCAUUUAUAAUUGUGGCGCGCAGUGUACUUAACGACUUGCCACGCCUACGACGGCGCGGUGGGCGUGGUCCGCGUUCCGAUGCCGGCCGCGCCCGUCGCGCCACCUUCCUGCGCAUUUAUUCAGUGAUGAUGAUAGUGGUGAUGAUGAUGAUGAUGAUGAUGAUGAUGAUAAUGAUGACGAUGACGAUGAAGAAGAAUUUUACCAAAUGUACUAGUCCUAUGAAAACGCGAUAUGUAGAGAUGAUUAUGAUGAUGAUGAUGAUGAUGAUGAUGAUGAUGAUUUUUUAUAUUUGUGACGAAAGAGUUUUUUAUUUGUACGGACCGACCUCUUUUUCUUUCGUUCGUUCGAUCGUUAUUUAGCCAGUUUUAUUAAUUAAUUAGAUUUGUGUCUCGGUGUUUUCUUCAUUUUCUACAUAAAUUAAUUAUUACAAUUAUUAAUAUUAUUAUUAUUAUAUUAUCGUUUAGACUUUAGUUUAAGUGAGUUAUUUAUUUGGAUGAUUUUAUUUAUAAUUUAUUUGUUUUGUUUUUAUCUGUGGUCGGAUUAAGCAACUACUACCAAAACAGUUUAGAUAGUUAGGUAGCGAAAAUAAGAAAAAUUUAAAAGAAAAAAAAAAGACGCGGAAGAAGAUAAGUAUGUGAAUGAUUGAUUGAUUGAUUGAUUGAUUGUUUGAUUGAUCGAUUGAUUAGGAUAUUUAAAGUUAGGAAACGUAGACGAGUUUACAUUUUUUAUUGUGACAUUGUUAAUUCAUUUUAAUAAUGUUUUAUUUAACUGACAAAUUGUAUAAUGCAAGUGAAUUAAAGAUAGAUAUUGUUUAA